CCCAGCGGGGGAAGCCGCCCUGCGUCCCAGUGCGCAGCCGUAGUGCCUGCCGGCUAGCUUUAGGCGUUCGUGCCCUGAAAAGCGGAGGUGUCUCAUUGUGCGCUACGCUCCCUCCUGGAGGCCGAGGAGUUCUUCUAUAGCUACCUGCAUGGAAAGUUCAAGUCCUUCAGGAAAACACUGGCUUGGCAUUGUGUGUGGUUUAUACCAUGAAGCUCACUUCUCUAGAGGCUGCCUUGCCCUCUGACAAGCUUUUAUUCAGAUGUGUUUGUGAAGCAGGCACUGUGAGGCCUACACUUGUUAUCCUGACUUCAGCUCUAUCUUCCAUUCCUCCCGAGUUUACUUUCUCUUCCAGAGUGUUACAAUAAGAAGAGUGAUAGUACCUGAAACUUUGGGCUACUGUAUCAAAUCAGAGAAUCCGUCUCCUCCAACAUGGCAGGUAAGAAAGUGCUCAUCGUCUAUGCACACCAAGAACCCAUGUCCUUCAACGGGUCCCUGAAGAAAGUGGCUGUUGAAGAACUGAGCAAGCAGGGAUGUACAGUCACUGUGUCUGACUUAUAUGCCAUGAACUUUGAGCCAAGGGCCACAAGAAAUGACAUCACUGGUUCCCUCUCUAAUCCUGAAGUCUUCAGAUAUGGGAUAGAAGCCUAUGAAGCCUACAAGAAGACAGCUCUGACCAGUGACAUACUUGAGGAGCAGAAGAAGGUGCAAGAAGCUGAUCUAGUGAUAUUUCAGUUCCCACUAUAUUGGUUCAGCGUGCCAGCAAUUCUAAAAGGCUGGAUGGAUAGGGUGCUGUGCCAAGGGUUUGCCUUCGACAUCCCAGGCUUUUAUGACUCCGGUUUGCUCAAGGGUAAAUUAGCCCUCCUUUCCUUAACCACUGGAGGUACAGCUGAGAUGUACACAAAAACUGGGGUCAGUGGAGAUUUCCGGUACUUCCUAUGGCCACUCCAGCAUGGUACAUUGCACUUCUGUGGAUUUAAAGUCCUUGCCCCACAGAUCAGUUUUGGUAUUGAUGUUUCAUCAGAAGAAGAAAGAAAAGUGAUGGUGGCAUCAUGGGCGAAGCGGCUGAAGAGCAUCUGGAAGGAAGAGCCUAUCCUCUGUACACCCCCUUGGUACUUCCAAGAGUAACACUUUGUGCUCUGAGUACAGCAAAUUAGCAGCAUGGUGAGAGACCUAAAGCAUGUACAAAGAGCAGGUGGUGCUGUAUCCAGAGAUGCAGUGAAUAUGUCCACAAAUGAGUGUUUUCAGUUUCAUGCAACUAGAUCAGAUAUUUCAACAAACAUCUUGGUGCACUGUAUUUGUUCUGCCUGGUCAUUAUUCACUCACUCAUUUUUCAUUUCUUUAAUGUUUCUCUAAAAUCUCUCUUGCUACUCUAAACCUUCAUAGUAUAGUUUCCUGAAUAUGGAGGUGGAUUUGUUUGUUGUUUCGUUUUGUUUAACUUGUUACCCCCCCAGGAAAGAUGAACCCAUUUAUAUCUAAUGUUUUAGUGAUAAAUUUUGAUUGACUUCUGUU